GGGUGUGGAUUUUUUUGGUGGAACAGAUAAUUUAUUUAUUCUAAAUGGGAUGUGACAACAAGAGUAGAAGUAUGAACGAGAUGUGAUGAUUUCUGUGUUUUGAUCACGAAAUACUGUUGAGAUUAGUGCAAAUAUUAAAAUAAGUUAUUUCUAUAAUGUGGUGACAAAUUUUCCUGUAGUGAAAGAGUGUUUCAUAUUUACUAAAUAGUUAUAUUUCCUAGGAAGGCUCCGACUUUGCUCCAAUUUAGCUUGUAAUCAUUUACAAGUGUUUGUUGAUCGAUUAUUGACACGAUAUUAUUAAGUUAGCUCUUAAUUUCGAACGAAUUAACGAAAAUGGGUGAGAAAGAAGAUUAUUUGACGUCGUACCGAGUGUUUUUUGAAAACUUUGCGGCUACUGUUAACCCAGAGGACCAGUUGCCUGUGCAUAUCGCAGGGUAUACCAUCACGGAAUCGGAACUACCCGGUGAAGUUCUCUACUGGACGACUCAAUAUCUGAGUGAAAAACAAUGUCCUCUAACACUGAUGACACCGCUGCGGCGGAUUAUUCUUGACGAGGUGCGAGUAGCAUCGAAGAAACAACCCAAUGAAUUUGGGUACAAAUCUGACGAAUCGGUGUACAUAGCCCUUCGGUUGAUGCAAGCAGUGACUGCCCGCGUCAACGACGUCUGCCUCCGGUACUUAGACAACUCGAAAUUGGACACCCUGCCACCCCCACCGCCUCUCGACCAACGCGACCUAAAGACUGUAUCAUGUGCCACCAAGAAUUCACGACGCGUCAUGGAAGACCGACAUGUGGAAAUCGGAAAUUUAGAAGCGCUUUUUGGAAUUGAUGCGACAGAAUCGACUAGCUUCUAUGCAGUGUAUGACGGGCACGCCGGCUCAGCGGCGGCGACGUACUGCGCAGCGCACCUACACCAGUACCUGGUAGAAGGUCCACACUUCACCACCGACCUCCGUAGAGCCAUGAGGGACGCUUUCCUCAGGACAGAUGCAGAAUUCAUACGAAAGAGUAAUCAGGAGCACGGCGGUGGCGGUGUCGGUCCGCGGGCGGCGCCUGCUGGCGGCCUGGGCGGGGGACUCGCUGGCGCUGCUCGCCAAGCGCAUGCGGCUCAUGCAGCUGGUCCGACCGCACAAACCCGGCCGACAGGUGACGCACAAUACAAGCCCUACGUGACGGCGCGGCCUGAGAUCGCGACGGUUGAACUAGAUGGAGACGAAGACUUUGUGGUGGUGGCCUGUGAUGGUCUGUGGGACUUCGUCAGUGAAGAUGACGUAGCCCUUGCAGUGUACAGACAGCUGGCGGCUGAUCCCGAUCAGGUAACAAAGCGAUUUGGCCGCCGGCAUCGAUUGGCACGGAUCAAGUGUGAUUAUGUUGUCACAAAGGGUCACAUGAUUAUGACGCGUACGCUCGUGAACCGAGUGCCCUCGUCGGAACAUUCAGUGGAGAUCUUUGACACAUAUUCCCCCCGUGUUUCUCUCCCGCACGAUGAAGCAGUCUGGGCUCGGCUCGGGGAGGGUCUAAGUAUUAUGGAUUUGGAAGUAGUUAGUUCUGGAGGUUUCUGUGAACGGCGACAGACGGUGGCAUCUGGAGGGCGCAUUGCGCGGGCGUCGGGGGGGCAGCGGGGUGCGCUGGGGCGCUGCACCGGGCUCGCGCGGCACCACUCGCCAGUCCCCGAGACACCGGCCGCGCGAACGGCCACCGCGAUACCGCACGCUUGUGAGCCACCCGCGACGUUCAGUUUAGUGACUCCGCCGCCCGCCCAGGACCAGCGGCGCUCGCACCCCUGUGCUGACAUUUUCUACCGAUAUAUCGGUGUUGGUGCAAUCGGCCCCAUUGCGGCCGGCCAGACUGCACGAGACAGAUAUGACUUGAAGGCGGUGACGAAGCGUCUGAUCGUGCAGGCCAAGCGGCAGGGCUCCGCCGACAAUAUCUCCAUCAUCGUGGUGUUCUUGAAGGACCCGCGUGACAUAGCCGCAGACAACCGCCCGCCCAUGGAUCUUGGGCUGGACAACGCGAUGAUGAACGCUCCGCCGUUUACCAUCGAGACAGAGGCGUGCCGGCGUCAAGUAGACGCUGCCGCGGCCGCCGCAGCAGCCGAGGCCGAGGAGUGCGCGGAGGCCGAGGCUGAGGCUAUAGCCGGAGACAACGGAGUGGACAACUCCGACAGUGACAGCGAGGACCUCGGCCCCGAGACUGCCGUGGAUAUUGACGCAGAUGACGUAGACGCAGAUGCAAGGAAUCAGGAACCACAAGCGCCCACUCCGCCUGCACACGCUGUGGAGGAGGGCCACGUUGACGGGUCUGUAGCGGAUAAUGUAGCUGAGAGUGGCGAAGACUCCGAAGACGAGUGGAACUACUUCAAAGGCGAGGGUGAACGCGAAGAACAUCCUAGCGAGGAACCCGACGAGGUGCCACACUCCGAGACACCCUGCCAGGAUAAUUCGGCUUGGGAAAGCAGCUCAGUAGACAUGAACAGCUCUCCAUUGAAUCCUGACGCCCCUGUGUUCAUACCAGGGAGCGUGGCUGGUGCUGACGUCUUGCUUGCAGAGUCACCUCGGAAACCAUUGCCGAUGGAUGACAUAGAGCUACCAGACGAGGCACAGUUUGACACAGGAGCUGUAGUGAGGCCAGCAGAAUUAUUAGACUUGGAUAACUGUGAUCAGCUUAAUGGCCAUCAUAAUGUAUCACUGGACGAAGCCGUUAAAGAACACUUGAAUGGCAAUGAAAAGUGUAACAUGGACAGUUUGGGCUUUGGAUUCAAUGUUGGCAUUGAACCUGAUAAAGUCAAGGAUAGUGGUCUCAUACAAGACUUUGAGCGAAUACAAAAAGACACUACUGACUUUUGUAAUAUUCAGGUAUUUCAAACACACACAGAAACCAAUCCCUUUGCUGUUGAAGUUGAGGGCAAUGAAGAACUAUUUGAAAGGCUGAAAAAUAAAGAAAGGGAUCCAAUGAGUAUGAGCUUCUACCAAGAAAAAGAUGAUGACACUUGUGAGAGACUUGCCAAGGAGUCACAUGUGGAUCUGAAUGCUGUACAGCCCUUACCUGACAGUGAUGAUGAAGAUUUCCAAACAAAUGGUGUCUAUGAAAACGACAAAGAAAAUAUCAGCCCAGACCAACAAACUAACUUAUCUGAACUUGAAAGAGACCUCCUAGAACCAAACAAUGAUAUUAUGAGGUUUGAUGACCGACCUGGUCCUCCACAAAACAUUGGUAACUUUGAUCAAGGAAGUAAUUUUGCAGAUUACGUUACUAGCUCCAACAACAUCGAAAGUUUUGCACAUAUUGAAUUUGAAUCAAGUAAUAUCAAUCAAGAAACUGUUAUGCAAACAGACACCCCUGAAUCUCACAAGUUGCUCUUUGAACAAAUACCUGAAAUACCUGAUGGCAAGAGUUCAGAAUUAGGAUUUACAAAUGAUGAGACACAAGACCCCUCAGAGAGUGAGAAAGACAUCCGACCUUUCACACCUCAAGAUGAGACAUCACAAGAUAUUGAAAUGGAAAGCAAACUUGAAGAUUCACCUUAUGUAGAAACUGAACCACAGUUGCACAAUGAUGACAUGAAGGAUGAUGAUCAAGUAGAAUCUCACCACUUGCUUGAAACAGAGCAAGUGGCUUCUCCUGUACCUACAGACAUUCAAGAACCACUUUCUACUGAGCAGCUUCCAGUAUCUCCAGCACCUAUUGAGGAAUCUAAACCUGAAGAAGCAGUGUCACCAGUGCCAGUUACAGAUAUUGAUGAAGUUGUUGCAGUGGAACAUGUUGAAGAACCUAAAUCUGAGGAACCAAUUAGUGAACAAGUCAACACUGAAGUAGAAGCCAAUGUUAAUGUCGAUGAGGGCAUUGAAAGAAGUGAAACCGAGGCUGCUAUUGAAGCACCUGAAAUUAAACUCGAUACUGAGCACCUAACGUCGGAAGUUUCCCACGCUGUUGAAGAUAAUAUUACCGCAGACUCUCCUUUGCCAUCCAAAUCGCCACUUCCAGCCGAGACUCUUCUCCCCAGUGAGUCUCCAUUACCCACGGAGUCCCCUCUACCUAGCGAGUCUCCGAUUCCGAACGAGUCCCACUUACCAGUUGAAGAGACAAUACUUCGAGAUAGUCCAUUGCCAGCAGAGUUAUCCCUGCCAUCGGAAUCGCCCCUCCCAGAGGAUACACUGCUGCAAGCAGAAACUGUACAAGUUAGCGAAUCCCCAAUGCCAGGAGAUUCCCAAUCUCCAUUACCAAGUGAGGUAAUUCCACCAAAAGAGUCGCCACUACCAAUCGAGUCUGAAGCGCCUAGAGAAUCUCCUAUGCCAGUUGAUGCCUUGCAACCCACUGAGUCUCCGCUUCCUGCACACUCGCCACUACCUACAGAAUCUGAGGUAUUGCGCGAGUCUCCGAUGCCUAGUAAAUCACCACUGCCCAGUGAACCCGUGUUACUCAGUGAUUCCCUAGCGCCGAGCGAGUCUUUACUGCCAAGUGAGUCCCCAUUGCCGGCGGAAUCUCCUCUACCGAGCGAGUCACCGAUACCCAGUGAACUUCCAGUCACAGAAGAACCUGCUCAACCAGUUGAAACAGAAGUCAUCGAAACUAUCGCCGACGCCGCCCUCGCCGCGUCCCCAGUCCCUGCCGCCGCGUCCCCAGUCCCUGCCGCCGCGUCCCCAGUCCCUGCCGCCGCGUCCCCAGUCCCUGCCGCGUCCCCGCUGCCGGCCGACGUGCCCCUGCCGCGCGAGUCCCCGCUGCCCGCGCAGUCCCCACUACCCGCGCAGUCCCCUGCGCCGCUGGAGCCCGAGUGUCCCGCGCCUGCGGAGCCUGUGGCAGUGUCGCCCGCCCCGGCCGAGCCCCGCGCGGAGUCUCCGGUCCAGCGCGCCGCCUCACCUGUACUGUCUGCCGCGCCCGCGCCCGACCUACUACCCGAAGAGCCCGCGCCGCACUCUCGCCUCGAGCUUGUUACUGACGUCGAUAUUGGUAUACCUGAAUCGAGGGCACAAGAAAUUUGUGUGCCUGUCACUAGUGAGAUUCAGCUUGAAGAAGCAGUGCAACCUCCCGCGGCCGCCACGCCGCCGCCCACGCCGGCCGUAGAGCCCGCCGCGCCGCUCAGUGACACGCCCAUGGCGGCCGACACAGCAUCCCCGGCCGCCGACGUAGCAGUCGCAGCCGCCGCUGUCGCUGCCGUCGGAGCCGCCGCCGCCGCCGGCGUCGCUGCCGCCAAAGCUAAACCUACAGCCACAAAGAAGUCGCCCACGACACCCACAGCUAAGACGCCCAGGGCUGCACCCAAGUCUGCCACACCGGCUCGUACUCCUACAGCCACUACUCCUGCACCAAUAAAGAGGCCCAGCACUGCGACUACUACUGCGCGGACGCCAACUACUAAGGCACCCACACCUGCGGCCAAGGCGCCUUCUGCGGCUAAGACGACGAGCGCGACUAAGCCCGCCACCCCCGCCAGUAAGCCCGCCACCCCCAGCGCCCGCAGCGCCCCCGCCGCGCGCACCACGCCGGCCAGCAAGGCGCCCACUCCCGCCAAGACUACCCCCGUCGCGCGCACCUCGCUCAGCAAACCCGCUGCAGCCGCCGCCAAGCCCGCGUCCGCGCCGGCGCGCGCCACCAGUGCCCCCAGUCGCGCGGCUCCUGCUGCACGCGCGGCCCCGAAGCCCGCAGUAGGCGCGGCGCGACCCGCGGUACAGAAGACAGACGCGGCCGCCAAGCCUGCAGCGCCCCGGGCCGCGGUCCCGCGCCCCGCGCUGUCGGCCGCCAGGCCCCAGCCCAAGCCAGCAGACAAAAAGCCAGUACCAAAUGGUGACGUGAAAGACUCCAAGCCGGCUGCUCGCCCUGCGGCCCGGCCGGCCCCCGCCGCGCGCCCCGCGCCGCGCCCCACUCCGCGCGCCCCCGCCGCACCGGCCGCACCCACUACUAGGCCGAGUGCCCCUAAGCCGGCGCCGCGUGCUCCCCUGGACAAGCAGAGCAAAGACCUCGCUAACAAACGCAUCACAGCCAAGGCAGCACCGCCUAGGACUGCUCCCCCUAAAACGACGACAACAGGCCAGAAGAAGGCCGUUACGAAGAGAACAACAGAGACAGUGAAGAAGGAGGUGGUCUCGAACGGCCUGGCCAACGGCGACGCGGCCCUGAGCAAGCCGCCGCCGAGCCCGCCCGCCGCCGACAACGCACUGUUGCCUGACGUCAUCGCGUAGGCGCGAUACAACAAACGAUUCCUAUUAUUUCCGCUUGAAUUUUGUGAUUUUCUAUAAGUGUAUGAUAGUUUUAACGUCGUUCGUGGCGGCGAGUCGUUAGGUGCGGGAGUUUGCUCCCACUUUUAUAUUAUAGAGUCGCUUUUUAUAGACGUGUACGUUGCCGAUUCGUUGUACGCGGAGCGGGGCGAGCGGCCACGAAGCCGCGGCCACUCGCCCCGUUCCGGCUUUAAACGGUUAUUAUCCAUUAUAAUGAUUAUAAGUCUGUUUUAGAAUUUUAUAUUACCAACGAAUGAUUGAUUAAAUCUGGCUUUUAAUUUAUUUUCUUUGUAUAACCGUAUUAUUUAAAUAAAAUGUGAGGAAGGACUGAGACAUUGUUUUAUUUAUGAGUAAAUAAAUUUUAUUACACCGGACACAGUGAAUGAUAUUGAGACACGAUUGGAAUUAACAUUGUUUACUUAUUGCUAGUGCUUUCUUUGAAAUUUCAAAGUCAAUGUAUACUUAAAAUAUGGUGUUACAAAGAAAACUGGAACAUAGUAUGUUACUUAAAUAAAUGUUUAUCACCCUUUAUGUUCUUUUUUUUCGAAGCAAUAUUACAAAAUUCGUAACUAAUGAUUCAAAUGAGGGAAGCGCAGGUCAGUAUCCUUCAGGUUGUCCUCGAUCCAUUUCUCAGCUUGUUGUGUCAUCUCCUCGUCGAAGUAGGAACGCCAGCCUCCCGCUUUACCUGGGAACAUAAACAUUAUAUUAUAU